AUGAGCCAGCAGCCUGCCGCUCACAAUCAGGCUCAGGCGCCAAAUGCAGCCGGGCAGGAUGAUUGGGAUGAGGCGCGCCUCGAGGAAGCCAUGAAACGGCUCAAGCUUCUGCACAUCAAGGUAACGUCGCUUUCAACGCUCUUGUUUCAGGUCCGACAGUUGAACGACACCAUCCCCAAGAUGAUCAAGCCGCUUGUGCAAAAGCAACCUUCACCCGAUGUCAUGUUUGCAGCCUUCAUGAACUCAGUUAAUGAAGCGCAAGCCAACAUCAAGGAGGUUACCGACUUGAUGCGCGAUGAGAAAAGUCGUGAGAUUUUUGUGCAGGCUAAGAAGAGAAAAGAGGAAGAGCCCACAGGUAUCAAGACCUGGGAAUAUUAUGACCACCCAGACUGGUUCAGAAUGGAUGAAGAAUAA